AUGGCAGGUCGAAACUUUAGCAUUUCUGGAAAUGCUCGUGAAAGUGGCGGAAAUAGUUCACCAAAGCAAGUGGUGGUCGUCGGUGGUGGUUUGGUUGGCUCGAUGGUGUCGUGUUUUCUUUCACGUCGUGGCUAUCAGGUGGACAUGUACGAGAUGCGCGACGACCCGCGGAAGAUGGUGCACGUCGCCGGGAAGUCCAUCAACCUGGCGCUCUCUGAACGCGGCCGAACCGCCCUCCGGUCGCUCGGCCUCGAGGAGGAGAUCCUCCAGCGACACUCCAUCAAGAUGUUCGGGCGGAUGAUCCACGACCCCAGCGGCAACUGUCGACCGAUUCCCUACGGCCAGGGCCCCCACCAGUACAUUCUCAGCGUCAGCCGCCGCCUCCUCAAUGAGAUGCUCAUCAGCGAGGCGGAGAAGAGCCCCAACGUGCGCUGUCACUUCCGCCAGAAGAUGGUCGGUGCCGAUCUGGAGCGAGGCGUGCUCAGCUUCAGCCAGCAGACCGGUGGUAAGGGAAAGGUUGGCAGCAGUGGUCAUGGCGGCGGAGAUGAUAACAGCAGCAGCGGAAGUGAAAACGUUUCCGGUGGUGGUGGCGACUCCCCGGAGCUUCCGGUGACCACGCAGGCGACCGCCCACGUGGUCAUCGGCUGCGACGGCGCCUACUCGGCCAUCCGCCGGGCGAUGACGAAGAUGCUCCUCCUCGACUACUCGCAGAAGUACAUCGAGCACGGCUACCUGGAGCUGGUCAUUCCGCCCACCGCGGCCGGUGAGUACGCCAUGCCGCCCAACUACCUGCACAUCUGGCCCCGGGGCGAGUUCAUGAUGAUCGCCCUGCCCAACCUCGACCGCUCCUUCACCGUCACCCUCUUCAUGCCCUUCAAGAUCUACGACGAGGUGGGCACCGAGGAGCGGCUGCUCGCCUUCUUCGAGCGCCACUUUGCCGACUCCAUUCCUCUGCUGACAAAGUGAGUGCUGCUGAUAAGCUGUUUUGACAAACCCUCGCCGCUGAUCUCCAUCAAGUGCAAGCCCUACAACUACCGCGACAAGGUGCUGCUGAUGGGCGACGCCGCCCACGCCAUGGUGCCCUUCUACGGCCAGGGUAUGAACUGCGGCUUCGAGGACUGCACCGUCCUCGAGGAGCUGCUGGCCGCUUCGGGCGACAGCCCUGACUGCCAGAAGCUGCCCUCCGUCCUGGAGAAGUUCACCGCCGAGCGCGUGGCCAACUGCCACGCCAUCAUCGACUUGGCGAUGUACAACUACGUGGAGAUGCGCCACCUGGUGAAUAAGCGGUCCUUCCUGCUCCGGAAACACUUCGACAACCUGAUGUACCGUUUGCUGCCGGCCGGCACCUGGGUGCCCCUCUACACCAUGGUCACCUUCACGCGGACGCCCUAUCGGCGGUGCGUCGAGGACCGCCGGUGGCAGGACGAGGCGCUGAAGACCGCCGGCAAAGUGAAAGAGCGUGGAGAAGAGCCAACUGACGACACUGAGCACCAUGAGGAAGGUGCCAAUUUGAACCAUUCGGUAGACGAUGGUGUAGUGCAGCGUGGCGUCAAUCGCCAGGCCAAUCGUCAGCGAGAUGGUGAUGCUCUCAAUUACAUUGAGCCGCCAGUCUACCAGCACCACCAGCGCUCCGAUGGUGGUAAAGAUGGUGCAGGCGAUGGAAAGUGUGGACAGAAGCGAAAGUCGAAGGCUGGCCGUGGUUAA